CACUGGGAUCCUAACAGUUGCUCUCAAUCGGUAGUCAGUGUAUAUCAUUGGUAGUCAUGGCUAUUGUUAGCCUGUGUCAAACAUUUGUGAAGCAUGAAGCUGUAAUAAAUACAGCUGAUUUAUUGUUUUCCAUCAUGAUCAAAACGCCCUGAUCUCCAGGUGCAUCGUAGACGAGGGUCAGAAGGUUCGAGGCUUCAUAAUGGACACAAAAGCACAAAGCAUGCGGACGGGCCAGGCGUGAUGCUCCGCUACCUGAUAUCAAAGCCAGCAGCCUCUGCAUGGGAGGAGAGGGCCUCGGAGAAACAUGCGCUUCAAGGGACGGAGUGCCAUCACCAGGCGGUGUGUGAGGGGUGCCAGCGGCCGAUAUCCGACCGCUUUCUGAUGCGCGUCAACGAAUCUUCAUGGCACGAGGAGUGUUUGCAAUGCGCCGUGUGUCAACAACCGCUCACCACCAGCUGCUACUUCCGGGAGAGGAAACUUUACUGCAAACACGACUACCAACAGUUAUUUGCGACCAAAUGCAGCGGAUGCCUGGAGAAAAUCGCCCCCACAGAGUUUGUGAUGCGUGCGCUGGAGUGCGUGUACCACCUCAACUGCUUCUGUUGCUGUGUAUGUGACCGACAGCUGAGGAAAGGAGACGAGUUUGUACUGAAGGACGGACAGCUGCUGUGCAAGAGCGACUAUGAGAGGGAGAAAGACCUCCUCGGCUCUGUCAGCCCUGAUGACUCAGAUUCAGAGAAAAGCGAAGAUGAGGAGCUGGAUAUCAAGCCGGAGAAGGGCUCAGGAGGAACUGGGAAAGGAGAUGAUGGGAAAGACCCAAGAAGACCUAAGCGACCGCGUACCAUCCUCACCACGCAGCAGAGACGUGCAUUCAAGGCAUCCUUCGAGGUUUCUUCCAAACCCUGCCGAAAGGUAAGAGAGACGCUGGCUGCAGAAACGGGCUUGAGCGUCCGCGUGGUUCAAGUGUGGUUCCAGAACCAGAGAGCUAAGAUGAAGAAAUUGGCGCGGAGACAGCAGCAGCAACAGGAGCAGCAGAACUCCCAAAGGCUGGGCCAAGGUAAAAUGUCCUGA